AUGACCAUGCAGUCCCUCGAACGCCCAACCUCCGGCUGGAACUGCUCUCAAUGCGGUCUCCCCGGUGUCCGCGUCUCCUCUCGCCUCGACAGCCCCCAGGCUGGUCUUGGCCGGGCCUACUACAAGUGUGUGCCCUGCAACCGCUCCCUCGGCGCAUGCCCCUGCACAACUCCCGGCGACAGGAUAACGGCUACCUGCCCCUGUGGCGAGCGCCGAGGAUCCGACUCCUCCAUCCAGAGUGACGAUGUGCCUCUGGGUGUCUCCAUGAUCGCUGCUGCAGGCCGCAAGAACAGUGCCACCCUGUACAACCCUGAUGCUGGCUUUGAUGAGGACUGGGAGGCCAACUGUAGCCCCGGUUUCAUGGUGAAGAGAUUCAAGGCUUCUGCAAAGGAGUUUUUGCCUCACUAG